AUUCUCAUAUUUUCUCCAAGAGUUUCUUGGCAGUAGGGGUCAUUCUUCCCGCGGCAGGAGCAGGGCGGUAGGAAGAUGCAGUAGCAUCCAGGUAUGAGGGGAGGCCCUGCUUCCCAGGAAGUGGCCAUUGAGAUCACUUUUUAAUGUGCUGUGAAUGGAAGAAAAAUAUCAUCUUUGGCUUGGCCAGGUAACUCAGGUUUCUCUCACCGUAGGGGUUUUUGCUUUCAUUUUUACAUGAGCUUGGCUGAUUACUCUUAGCAAUAUGCUUCACUGAUGAUGUUUUGGGAAUAAUUCACAUUGGCUUAUACAAUUUUUGGUUAAGAUUGAAGGGUUAUGAGUUUUUUCGAAGGCUCUGGUUGCUGUGAUAUAAGUACUUCUCUUAUCCCUGGUAUUCAGGUCCCAUUAACAUUGACUUGAUGGUAAUUGUCUUUAACAAAUGUUAUAUUGUACAUUUUUGUUAUGACUUUGGGGGUGGAGUGGGCACAAGCUAUAUAAAACCUUCUAGAAUGUCCUUUUUGCAGUAACUGGUGUCACUGCAAUUUUAAGACUGAAAUAUUAGAGGAUAAAACUAGUGACAUGAAAAAAAUAGCCUUGGUGACUUGUGCAUCUUUUGUGGAGCAGGAAGGUAAUUUUUUUAAUUUCACGCACUCGCUUUCCUUCUGGAGAGUCUGAGAGGUUGCUGAGAUAUUAGCACUGAUCCUUAAUGCCACCUCAGAGAGCUUUGGGAUCAGGCGGCACUUUGACAGGCGAUCACAGUGUUGUAGAUUAGGUCACUCCAGUGACCUCACAGUUUCCAGUAUUGUGUAAGGUUCUAAUCUAAAGGGUUCCUUGAGGCAGAAGAAAGGAGGACGGAACAAAUCUUAGUUUUGUGUGUCUUAGCACAUGCAGAAAUGCUAUAUAGGUCCCUGGUUAUGUUAGCUGGCAUGGAAUUUGCAUUUCAUACCGCUUAUUUUCGGGGACUUUAGUGAUGAUCUUGGGCAGAGUCCUACUAACAUGGGGUGGAUGGAUUUGGGAAGUUAUCUUCUUGACUAUGAACAAUGAGGAAAGUGCCUCCUUUGUGAUUGACCCUCUGAGCGCUGUUAUGGGCCAUUUGACAGGACCGUUCGCUUUGAGCAAACACCAUGCAGAAACACAGAGCCGCCGUGGACAGGACUGCUGGCGGAGGUGAUGGUGAGAGCCGGGCAUGUCAGUGCGUCUGCAGUUUCUCUUGGAUCAAUGUGGGCUCAGAUCCGGAACAUGGUGGCGGUGCUGGAAGUCAUCUCCAGCCUGGAGAAAUACCCUAUUACCAAAGAGGCACUUGAGGAAACACGACUUGGGAAGCUCAUCAACGACGUCCGCAAGAAAACCAAGAACGAGGAGCUCGCCAAGCGGGCCAAGAAGCUGCUGCGGAGCUGGCAGAAGCUCAUCGAGCCGGCGCACCAGCAUGAGGCGGCGCUGCGGGGGCUGGCGGGGGCCACCGGCUCUGCCAACGGGGGCGCACACAACUGCCGGCCGGAGGUGGGGGCGGCUGGCCCACCCAGGAGCAUCCAUGACCUGAAGAGCCGCAAUGACCUCCAGAGGCUGCCCGGGCAGCGGCUGGACAGGCUGGGCAGCCGCAAGCGCCGGGGUGACCAGCGUGACCUCGGCCACCCAGGGCCGCCACCCAAGGUCUCCAAAGCUAGCCACGACCCCCUGGUCCCCAACUCAUCCCCCCUCCCCACCAACGGGAUCAGUGGGAGUCCAGAGAGCUUCGCCAGCUCCCUGGAUGGCAGUGGGCAUGCAGGCCCAGAGGGCAGCCGCCUGGAGCGUGACGAGAAUGACAAGCACAGUGGCAAGAUCCCCGUCAACGCCGUGCGACCGCACACCAGCUCCCCGGGCCUGGGCAAGCCCCCUGGACCCUGCUUGCAGCCAAAGGCUUCGGUGCUGCAGCAGCUGGACAGGGUGGAUGAGACUCCGGGGCCUCCCCAUCCCAAGGGACCCCCUCGCUGCUCUUUCAGUCCUCGGAACUCACGGCAUGAGGGCUCCUUUGCCCGGCAGCAGAGCUUGUAUGCACCCAAGGGCUCCGUGCCCAGCCCCUCACCGCGGCCCCAGGCACUCGAUGCCACACAGGUGCCGUCACCGCUUCCACUGGCACAGCCGUCCACACCCCCCGUACGGCGGCUCGAGCUGCUGCCCAGUGCGGAAAGUCCAGUGCGCUGGCUUGAGCAGCCUGAGAGCCACCAGCGGCUGGCGGGGCCGGGCUGCAAGGCAGGGCUGUCCCCAGCUGAGCCCCUCCUGUCCCGGGCAGGCUUUUCCCCAGACUCCUCCAAGGCGGACAGUGAUGCUGCCUCCUCAGGGGGCUCGGACAGUAAAAAGAAGAAGAGGUACCGGCCUCGAGACUACACGGUUAACUUGGACGGGCAGGUGGCUGAGGCGGGCGUCAAGCCUGUCCGGUUAAAAGAGCGGAAGCUCACCUUUGACCCCAUGACGAGACAGAUCAAACCUCUGACCCAGAAAGAGCCAGUGCGGGCAGACAGCCCUGUGCACAUGGAGCAGCAGUCCAGGACAGAGCUGGACAAGCAGGAGGCCAAGGCCAGCCUCCAGAGCCCCUUCGAACAGACGAACUGGAAGGAGCUGUCACGCAACGAGAUCAUCCAGUCCUACCUGAGCCGGCAGAGCAGCCUGCUCUCAUCAUCGGGCGCGCAGACCCCGGGGGCUCACCACUUCAUGUCUGAGUACCUGAAGCAGGAGGAGAGCACCCGGCAAGGGGCCAGGCAGCUGCACGUGCUGGUGCCUCAGAGCCCGCCCACGGACCUCCCCGGUCUGACCCGGGAGGUCACACAGGACGAUCUCGACAGAAUCCAAGCCAGCCAGUGGCCGGGGGUGAACGGGUGUCAGGACACACAGGGUAACUGGUAUGACUGGACACAGUGCAUAUCGCUCGAUCCGCACGGCGACGACGGGCGCUUGAACAUUCUGCCUUAUGUCUGCUUGGACUGACCGGCCUGUCAGCCACGAAGUGCAUUCCCAUCUUGCAGAAGCCCGGUGGGCGGGCAGGCAGGUGGGCAGGUGGCCGGGGCCCAGCUGCCUCCUGCGCUGGGAACUCGGGGAGUCCGGCCCAGGCGGGAGGGAGGGGGCGGGAGUCACGCGGUCUCUCUGCGCUCUUCCCUCAAAACUCUUUUUGUGAAAUGCUGCUACCAGUUUACUAACAAAAUUGCGAAGGAAGGACCGCGUGGAAGGAAGGACGGCAAAGUGAGUUCAGAACUCUAUAGCAAACCAGCUAUAAAAAGCGUUAGUCCCUCACCCCCAAAGAGGUGCAGACACUUUCCAGCACCUGAAAGCUGGGGCCUCAGUUGCAGGCAGGCACAGAAAACCUGUGGGAGAGGUUACCUUUAACACAGCAACAGAAGCACGCAUCUCAUCUCUCUUGCAUUUUCUGUUCUUUAAUUUGGCCCUGAGUGUCUGAGACAGUGGGCCAUGCCACUGCCUCUGUUUGCUCCCUACCCAGCCACUGUCGGGCCAGUGUUGUCCGUCAUGUGCCAGAAGCUUCUCAGCUGUGGUGAGCCACUGGCAUUGGGCAGGCGGGCCAGCUGGCCAGCCAGUGUGACCCACACUCCAUGGGCAGCCACCCGUUCAUAUCUGGUUUCAGUUAUAACCCAGUUUUUAAAGAAAUGCUGCAAAAAUUUUAA